CACCCCAUGCAAGUAAGAGCCGCCGCCCAGUCUUGCUGAAUUCCCUAAUACUACAGACUCGUUGGAGAUGCAAAGCCUCGCACGGUCGAUUAUUCGAACCAUCGGCAGACUCGGCUCUGCUCCGCCACGCCGGUGGCUUCCAGCGCUUGCGCGAAGAGAUGAACAUCCUGCUCGUCUUUUCCGUGAGGAGAAGAGUAAGCUUGGUUUGCCGCACCUCUGCUUUUCUUGUGCCACUAUACGAGGCAUGGAUAAAGCAGAGACAAAGAAGGCAGCAGACAAGAACAAUACCAUGGUAGAGACGACGAUGGUAAACAAAGAUAUACUUCCAAUGCCAAUCAUUUCUGGUAGCAGCCACCGUGAUGGCUCUAUAUACAAGAGAAGGCACGAUUUGGAAAGGGAUUACUGUGUUGAUAUUGCUGACCGCACAGAGACUUCGCUGGAGCCAGAUUGGGGAUACUAUGCGACAUCUGACAUGAUGCAGUUUUUCUCGUUAAAGUUGGCUAAAUCUCCUAUCAACAAUGGCUCAAUACAAUUAUAUGGUUACAUAGCGGCACGAGACGAGAUUGAUUUAAUGCUUAAUUAUGUUUUCAAUUGUAGCAGAGAAGAUCCCAUCGUCGUGCAACAGGGUUCUCUCAUCGAAAUGACUGGUCCUAAGAGAGGAAUUGCGUUAAACUGUGAUGUUCUACUUGAGUUUGACAUGCGGAUCAAGAAUGGAGAAAAGGAAGAAGAUGAUGCACAGCUGAUUGAUGGAAUGGUGGAAUUUCGGGGACUAUUUAUGCUAUGGAAACCAACGGAAGUUCGCCUUGAGAGCAAUUGUGGUGCAGUUGAUAUGUCUGUUGCACUUAUUAAUGAUGCAAUCACUGCCACAGUGGAAGUUAUCAUAUCAGAAGUGCAGAGUGGUUUUGAUUUGUCCCUCAGUUCCAUCAUUUCUGUUGCGGGUGAACAUACAGAAUUUCAGCUUUUUCAUGGUACUGUUGGUGAGUGGUGUGGAUUCAGAAGAUUUGCAAUCGCCGUCACAUUGGAUACUAUGAUGCAUUUGAAGUUCAUGGUUGGUCACAAAUACUCAAAACCUAAUAUUGAACGCAAUUGCUCCUUCAAAGCUAAGCUAGAUGGAUACGCCAGCCAUCGAAUAAGGCUUGAGCUCGCUUUCAUCACUGUUAAGGUGACAUGGGUGGCGUGGCCUCCUGUAUAAACCCUUAAUCGUUUAGCUUUAAGCGAUGUUGUGUAUUCUUACUGGGUGAUGAUUUGCUUACUUGACUAUAUAUUACCGUUGUGAUGGAACCAGAGUAUUGUGAACAUUUUUCUUCUCUGACUCAGAAAUUUUGAAGACCAAAAAUUAGCGAUUGUACAA